AUGGGGCUAAUAUACUGGCUGCGGAGGCUGUACUCCCUCAAUACCCUUGACACUCGUUUUACAGUCUCCUCAACGACUCCCCUAAAGGCCAUUGCCCCAUCUUCACAUGCCGCCCCUGAAUCGAGCCCGAGCGAUGCUGAUGGGAAAAGAUCAGAAUCAGUGAAAGCCGGAGCGCCUCCUUCAAGAUGGAAUACGGUCGAAUUCUAUUUUUACUAUCUGGCUUUCCUUACUAUAGUGCCGUUGAUGUUCAAGGCAGUCAUUGACAUCUCGCAGCCAUCUCAUCCGACCUAUUCGAGUUACUCGAAACUGCUAGAUCCUGGCUGGAUACCAGGGCGCAAAGUGGAUAAUUCAGAUUCUCAAUACUCUACCUUUCGCGAUAACAUUCCUUACAUGACUAUACUACUGGUCCUUCACCCGUGUCUUCGUCGAGUCUACGAACAUGUCUUUCCCACAAAAUUAUCAGAUGCCCCUCCAACAGGUGGAAAAGCAAAGGACGACGACAAACCCGAGGAUGCUAUAGCGAACGCAGAUGCACGGCUAAGACAACGGGUGUCUUUUGACUAUGGUUUUGGGAUAAUACUUAUUCUAGCACUACACGGCAUAUCUGCGUUCAAGAUUCUUACUAUCCUUUGGGUAAAUUAUACGAUUGCGACUAGACUCCCGCGAGCACAAAUACCUAUCGCAACGUGGCUUUUCAACAUUAGCAUCCUAUUUUCAAACGAACUGCUCCAUGGAUAUCCUUUGGCUGACCUUGCGAGAGUGCUAUCCUCAUCCAACCCCGAUUCAGCACUCAUAACCUGGGCCAAGUGGCUGGAUGGCGUUGGAGGAAUCGUGCCGAGAUGGGAGGUCCUAUUCAAGAUCACCGUUCUCCGACUCAUCAGCUUCAACAUGGAUUACUACUGGAGUCUGGAUUACCGAUCUAAACAAAUCGAUCCAUCCGCACUCUCAGAACGUGAUCGUGUCUCAACGCCUGCACCACCAACAGCAUAUAAUCCACAAAAUUAUGUGGCUUACGUUCUUUACUCGCCGCUCUACCUUGCCGGGCCAAUCCUUACCUUCAAUGAUUACAUCAACCAACAACAUUACUCUCCAGCUUCUCUGACCAGAUCUCGGACUGUUCUUUAUGGAGUACGCUUCCUGCUCACUCUUCUAUCAAUGGAGCUGGUUCUCCAUUAUAUCUAUGUCGUUGCAAUCUCCAAAUCCUCCCCCGACUGGUUAAUCUAUACACCCUUCCAACUCAGCAUGUUGGGAUACUUUAACCUUCACAUCAUCUGGCUAAAGCUACUAAUUCCCUGGCGAUUUUUCCGGCUCUGGGCAUUAAUCGAUGGUAUCGACCCUCCGGAAAACAUGGUCCGAUGUAUGUCCAACAAUUACUCUGCCCUCGCAUUCUGGCGCGGUUGGCAUCGAUCAUUCAACAGGUGGGUUGUACGGUACAUGUAUAUUCCUCUUGGAGGUGGCGGGAGAGGUAGAUCUUCCACGAGCAGUCCUAGUGAUAGUAGUAAACCGUCUCUACUUUCUAAAGCCCGUGGUGUCGUGAAUUUCCUGGCCGUCUUCACCUUCGUUGCGGUCUGGCAUGACAUCAACCUCCGACUUCUCAUGUGGGGAUGGCUCAUCACUCUCUUCGUCUUACCCGAGGUCAUCUGCACUAUCCUUUUCCCUGCAAAAAGAUGGCAAUCGCAUCCAAACACGUACCGGGUGCUCUGCGGAAUUGGAGCAGUGGGGAACAUCCUUCCUAUGAUGGCUGCCAAUCUCAUUGGGUUUGCCGUCGGCCUAGACGGGCUACAGGGCCUGGUACACGGUAUCAUUGGCUCUUAUUCCGGCCUUGCGUUCCUCGCUGCUGCGUGUGCAACGCUGUUUGUUGGAGUCCAGGUUAUGUUUGAAGUCAGGGCCUCGGAGCUGCGGGCUGGUAUCAAACUGAAAUGUUAG